AGUUUUCCUGCUCUUUGGUUGCCCUAGACUUUAGGCAAAAAGCAGGGAGUCGCCGCGGGAGCCAUACCAGGCCAUCAACACCUGCGGGGAAGGGCGAGCCACGAGGGGGCAGGGGACUGUGUCCAGAGUGACCUCGCCGUGGUGUGUCUCAGCCGCUACUUUCUUUUUCAGUCUUUCGGUGCUGGGAAGGGGAGGGGUUCCCAAUAGAAGUCAAAGGCAGCUGGGAGAGUCUCUGUGGGGGAUCCUUGGGGCAGUGCAAGAGAGAGGGAGGAACGGACGGAGAGAGAGGAGAGGGAGAGACCAGGGCCAGAGCUGAUUGAGCCUGGGGCGCAGCGCGGGAACCGGGUUUGCUGCACGUCGUGUCGCGCCCCGCCUGUUGAGCCGGGAGACCGGAGUGAGCGCCAACGCCGCACGGGCAGUGGGGGCACUGGCACAGAGACUGGCAGGUGCCACCGCAGGGUCCCCUUUCCCGCCCACCACCUCCUUCCCUUGCCGCCCACUCUUCCUGCGUUCUCAGUGCGGAUUUGCGGGGUGCGUCCUGGAGCUGCUGGCGGUUCAGGAACGAAGCCCAAGGUCGGGGAAGCCACAGGGCGGACAGAGUCACUCCUCUUUCUGUUCUGACUUUCCACUGCCUCUGGAUGCCCCAGUCACAGUGCCCCUGAUCCCAUAGUAGUUUCUGUCCGUCCGUCCCUGUACGAAGAACAGCCCCUGGGAGGCGAUCACCAUGUUCUGUGCGAAGCUGAAGGACCUGCAUAUCACAGGGGACUGCCCCUUCUCCCUCCUGGCCCCAGGGCAGGUCCCUCAAGAGCCAGCAGAGGAGGUAGCAGGGAGCUCCCAGACCACAGCCCUGCCUCUGGGUCAGAGUGUCCCAGAGAAGAACCCACGAGGACGUCUUCCUCAGAGGAAGACCAGCCGCAGCCGGGUCUAUCUUCACACUUUGGCAGAGAGUAUUUGCAAACUGAUUUUCCCAGAGUUUGAGCGGCUGAACCUUGCCCUUCAGAGAACACUGGCGAAACACAAAAUAAAGGAAAGCAGGAAAUCUUUGGAAAGAGAAGACUUUGAAAAAAUAAUUGCAGAGCAAGCAACUGCAGCAGGAGUUCCAGUGGAGAUCAUCAAAGAAUCUCUUGGUGAAGAGCUUUUUAAAAUAUGUUAUGAGGAAGAUGAAUACAUCCUCGGUGUGGUUGGAGGAACCCUCAAAGAUUUUUUAAAUAGCUUUGGCACCCUUCUGAAGCAGAGCAGUCACUGCCAAGAAGCAGAAAAGAAGGGCCAGUUCGAGGAUGCGUCCAUCCUCUGCCUGGAUAAAGAUCACGACUUCUUAAAUGUUUAUUAUUUCUUCCCUAAGAAAAUCACUUCCCUGAUUCUGCCGGGCAUCAUUAAGGCAGCUGCUCACAUACUGUACGAAACUGAAGUGGAGGUGUCCUCCAUGCCCCCCUGCUUCCAUCACGACUGCAGCGAGUUUGUGAAUCAGCCCUGUCUGCUAUACUCUGUUCACAUCAAAAGCACCAGACCGUCCCCAUCCCCCGGGGGGGCCCAGUCUUCACUGGUGAUCCCUGCCUCGCUCUUCUGUAAGACAUUCCCCUUCCAUUUCAUGUUUGACAAAGACAUGACAAUCCUGCAGUUCGGCAAUGGCAUCCGAAGACUCAUGAACAGGAGAGACUUUCAAGGAAAGCCUAACUUUGAAGAAUACUUCGAGAUCCUGACUCCAAAAAUCAGCCAGACCUUUAGCGGAAUCAUGACCAUGUUGAACAUGCAGUUUGUUGUUCGGGUGAGGAGAUGGGACAACUCUGUGAAGAAAUCAUCAAGGGUGAUGGACCUCAAAGGCCAGAUGAUCUACAUCAUUGAAUCCAGCGCGAUCUUGUUCUUGGGGUCGCCCUGUGUGGACAGACUGGAAGACUUCACGGGCCGAGGGCUCUACCUCUCUGACAUCCCCAUCCACAACGCGCUGAGGGAUGUGGUCCUGAUUGGAGAGCAGGCCAGGGCUCAGGACGGCCUGAAGAAGAGGCUUGGCAAGCUGAAGGCCACACUGGAGCAGGCCCACCAAGCGCUGGAGGAGGAGAAGAAGAAGACAGUGGACCUGCUGUGCUCCAUCUUCCCCAGCGAAGUGGCCCAGCAGCUGUGGCAGGGCCAGGUCGUGCAGGCCAAGAAGUUCAGGAAUGUCACUAUGCUCUUCUCAGACAUCGUGGGUUUCACGGCCAUCUGCUCCCAGUGCUCGCCGCUGCAGGUCAUCACCAUGCUCAACGCACUCUACACCCGCUUUGACCGGCAGUGUGGGGAGCUGGACGUCUACAAGGUGGAGACCAUCGGUGAUGCAUACUGUGUGGCCGGGGGCUUACACAAAGAGAGUGACACCCACGCGUUUCAAAUCGCACUGAUGGCCCUGAAGAUGAUGGAGCUCUCAGAUGAAGUCAUGUCCCCCCACGGAGAACCCAUCAAGAUGAGAAUUGGACUGCAUUCCGGGUCUGUUUUUGCUGGAGUUGUUGGAGUUAAAAUGCCCCGUUAUUGCCUUUUUGGAAACAAUGUCACCCUGGCUAACAAAUUUGAGUCCUGCAGUGUACCACGGAAAAUCAACGUCAGCCCGACCACAUACAGAUUGCUCAAAGACUGUCCUGGUUUUGUGUUUACACCUCGAUCAAGGGAGGAACUCCCACCAAACUUUCCUAGUGAUAUUCCUGGAAUCUGUCACUUUCUGGAAGCUUAUCAGCAAGGAACAACUUCAAAACCGUGGUUCCAAAAGAAAGAUGUGGAAGAAGGCAAUGCCAAUUUUCUAGGCAAGGCAUCGGGAAUAGAUUAGCAAAAUGUAUACCCGGUUGUAAGUCUUCGGGGUUUGACUCCUUGGAGUGUAUGUGAACCUCUGAAAACACAUUGGGAUUGCAGAGGGCUGAAGAAUAGUUUUAACAUUUCAGGAACAACAUAGUGAUCUACUUUUUCUUCCACUUAACAUGACAAAAAAAUGUAUUCACUUCAGUACUUCAACUCUUCAGUGGAAAAAAAACCAACAACAAAGGAAGAAACCUCAAAAAGUGACUUUGGGAGAAUAGCUCUGUUACAUAACACUUAUUUCCUGUACUCAGCACAUUGUACAUAUGUCAGGUAAUUGUAGUACCUGGUGGAGUUGCCUGCAGUCUCCUGCCAUGGAAGAAUGCCUUGGCUUCGUGCUUGUGUUAGUGUUGCCUUAAAAAAGCUCUUCCAAUAGAAAUGAUAGUCUUUGAUACCUGAAGCUCCUUGAACCUUUCAACUCUGUAUUUUAUUACAUUUCCUCAUUUAACUGUUAGCAUGUAUAACAAAGUAGAUUAAGUUCUUUUUUCUGUUGCAUCUUUUUUUUUCUUUUUUGAGAAAAUAAGCCAUUAUGGGUUAGAUGCAAUAUCAGUUUAAAGUAGUUCUUCUGUAAAUAUCAAGGAUUAUUUUAUAAAAAUAUUCUACACAUGUGUCAUAAUAAUAAAUAUGUCCUUUUUUGACAUUUAAAAAAUUCUACACAUGGUAAAGGCUAUUUUAAUUCAUAGGAGCAAUUUCAUUUCUAUUAAUUCAUUUUUGUGUCAUAAUCUUCAAGAUAAAAGAGGCUUACAGUCUGUAUUAAAACACAGUAUAAUUUAACCAGAAACUACAUGGAGGAAAGGAAGCAUUCAGGGAACACACCAUGAAGUACAAAAGCAAAACAUUGACAUACAUAUACACACACAUGUGGGAGUAAUUUGGACUUAUUUCAGCAGAUAUUGCUAUGCUGAGCCAUAGAAAGUUCCAGUAAGCAUGAUAACGUGAGGAAAAGGAAUAUGUACAUGUAUGUGUAACUGGGUCACCAUGCUGUAUAUUAGAAAAAAAUGUGUAUUGGAGAAAUAACAAUUGAUUACAAUUAAGACUACUUGAUAAGAAAAAAUUAAAAUUAAAAAAAAGAAAAAAAGAAAAUCUAAGUUCAUAAUUGACAGAUAAGACUUGUUCAUUAAGCAGAUAGCUUAUUCUUAAGUAUUUGUGGUAAACACUGGUGUGUAUAUAUGUCCUAAGAAUCAUCAAGUUUUUUUGUCUUAAAUACAUAUCUGUGAAUUUUUAAAUUCUAGUUGAAAUAACUCUAUGAUUUUUUUAAAAGGAGAGGUUAGUAUUGAUGAAGAAAAUGAUGCUGUGAUUUCAUUAUGGAAAUUUUGAAACAUUUUGCUAAGCUUGAACUUUUUUAAAUGAUGUUAGUCUUAAGAUCCCUGGUAAACCAAAUAAUAUCAGGUAAGGAUCUGAUAUUAAAAAGAACUCAAUUUCAAAGCGAGAGAAAGAUGAACAUUAUAUUUUUAACAUGAUAUAUUAAAAUAUACAUAUAUACUGUGUUGUUAGUAUUUGGGAUUUGACUCCUUGGAGCACAUUGGGAUUGCAGAGGACUGAAGAACAGGAGGGCUAUAGAUAUGCUGAACACUUAGUUGGGGUUCUGAGAAGCAACUCAGUUUAAAAAUUUUUAAUUAUCUCUUUUAGACCCCAGGCUAGUCCAUGGUGACCUCAGGAAUAAAAAGUCAUUACUGAUUGGACUCUAGUAUCUCUGGUGUACUACUGUAAAUAUUACCAUAGCUACCAUUAACUAAAUGAUACACCAAUGUCUUGAAGUACUGAAUGUAUCUCAUUAAAUACUAAUCCUACUGUUGGAGAGUACUGUAGGCCUUGGGAAAAUAUAGUUACAGUCUCACAGUUAUGUGAAGUUAAUAAAAGUAUUUAAAAGAAGGAUAAAGACUUAAAUACAUUUUUCUUUCUGGAAACGAACCCUUAUUACAGGGAAAAUAUUAGGAAUUAAGGGCAAUUAAAAAAGCAUAAAAUAAAAUGUGUUAUUUAUCACAUGUUUAAACAGACCCAAAUUUGGUAAUAAUUAAAUGUUACAAAAGUUCUAAAUUAAUUAUAAUGCAAAAAAAUAUUAUCUUUGUCUGUGUCUAUAUAAACACACACACACAAAACCAAUGGAGGGAAAUGGGAACAGAUUACAUGGGGAUUCCUCAUACUCGUCCUGCAAUCUUUGUAUAAGUUUGACAUUUUAUCUAAAUAAAAAGUUACCCCAAAAUGUA